CGUACUGUUCUGGAUAUGCUUGGAAUGGAUGAAGAAAUACCAACAGAUGAAGAAAGAUUAGCUGUAGAGCCAUUACCUGAUAAUGUACUCAAAGAUCUUGUAAAAAUAAGCAGUUGGUUGCAAGUUCACAAAAUUGAAGAAUAUAUUAACGUUUACUCCAAAAUACGAUCUGAAGUUUUGACACGAUCUGUCCAAAAUUUGAAAGACCACUUAAAAAAUGCAAGUGGAAAUAGUAGCACUCUGAGUGUUCAGAAUUCACCACAAAUGGGUAGUCGCCGUAGCAUAGCAAAAGAAUCUACUCCUCGUAGACCUCCGAAAAGUAUCCAGCAAAUGUUUGUAAGGAAAGCAACUGCUGUUAUUGCAAAAUACUCACCAACAGUAGAAAGUGCAAUGCUAGGUGAGUAUAGUUCAUAAUUAUCUGUGUAAUUAUUAAAAGUGUAAUAAACUCAUUUGUUACACCUUCAAUAGCAUUUAUGUUGGAUUUGUGCUUUUACUUAAGAAACUUUAGAAAAUAAGCGUGUGAUUCAAAAUAAUAUCUAUUUUAAAAGAAAGUAAUGAGAAAUUUUAAAAGAAUAAAUAUAAAUUUCUGUAUAACACUUGUAAUGUUGUUAAAAGAUUUUGUUGCUUUGUAAAUAUUAAAAACCAACUAUGAAGCAAAAAGGUUCUUACUUAAUUUCACUGAAAGUUUCUCAAUCAGUGUCUACUUCCAAAUUUUCAAUUACUUGAAUGUAUUUUUACUUAUCAGUAAAAACACUUUUAAUGUCAAAAUUUUAUAUGAAAUUCCUCCAAGUGGUGGUUAGCCUACUAGAUAUUGUACCUUUGGUUGCACUUUAUUGGUUUUCAUUUAAGGUUACUAAAUUUUAAAAUUUAGUCCUUGUCCAGUCGUUGGUAAUCAAAUUGAAAAAAAAAAAAAAAAAAAAAAGAAAGAAAGAAAGAAAGAAAAAGAAAAGAAAGAAAGAAUUGGUAAUUAAAUUGAAAAAAAGAAAUCAGACUUAAUCUAUUGCUUCUCACAUGAAUAAUCAAAUAUACUGUAAAAUUACUGACUUGAAACUUUUCUAAAAAUCUGAUGUUAUAUUUAUUGUUUAACAUAUAGCUUGACAAAGCUGAAACCUGUUGAUUUUUAUGAAUGAUAUAUUGAUAUAUUAAAAUAGCAGUAGAGCUUAUCGCAGUGAUUCUGAACUUUUUUGGGGGGGUACACUUUUAAUCAUUUAAAAAACAUCAUAGCAUGUUUAAAAUAAGAUAAAUUUAGAAGAAUUUUACUUGAUUGAUUGAUGUAUCUAUAGCAUAUUUUGUAAAAAUAGCAUAUGAUAAUAGUUUUGCAUGAAAAAUGAAAUAAAAUUGCAUAAUAAAGUAAACAAAAUAUUUAUAUACAUUAGGGCUGUCUAUUGUCUGGGUGCUGAUUAUCCAUGUGCAAUCAGGGCUAUGCACGAGAGUGUGUAAAAAACACACA